UCGGCUGUGUCAUUCUUACAGAAAAUCGGCAGAAUCUGUCGUUAAAGAAGUAUCUGAAAAGUAUACCUGCAGCUCAUGAAGAAGCUGAUACAAAAAUAGUGUAUCAUGUUUGCGCUGUUGGGCCAAGUACGAACAUUUUGAUCAAGUGUUCCGAUACAGAUAUUCUCGUAAUAUUAUUAGCUAAUAUGAAACAAAUCCUAGUAAAUGUGGGCGAGAAUCAGUUCAAUGUCGAUCGCAAAAUAUGGAUGCAACUCGGAACCGGUAACCACGUGAAAAACAUUGACGUUUGUGCUGUGUACAGAGACUUGGGCGAAAAGCUCUGUUCUUCGUUGGCUGCAUUCCAUGCUUUUACGGGAUGCGACUUCAAUCCCGCAUUUUAUAGGAAGGGUAAAAGCAGACCAUUAAAAGUAUUGGAGAAAUCUGAGAAGUUCCAAGACGCAUUUAUUGAAAUGGGGCAUAAUACGGUUGUUGCAGAUCCACUACUCAUGGAACAAACUUUCAAUGUUCUGCAAGAAUAUGUAUGCAUUUUAUACAACGUAAAAGCAAGAAAAACAGUCAACGAAGCAAGGUGUAUCAUAUUCGAUAGGAUUUAUACGCCGAAAAGCGGUAAUGAAGCUUUCAAAAAGACAACUAUGAAAUUGGAAGCAACGUCGUUUCCACCUUGUUUCCGGGAGUUAGAACAACAUAUGAAGAGAAGCACCUACAUAGCACAGAUUUGGUGUAAUGCCUACAAACAAAUACCGUCGACCUUGUUACCAAUAAGCUAUGGAUGGAUUUUAAAUGACGGUCGGUACGAUUUCGACUGGUUCCACGGCGAGGAAUGCCCCGAAAAAGUCAGUGACAUAACGGAACCGGAUGAGGAAUCAGGCGAAGAAAUUGAUGACGUCAUAGAAAUGGAUAUAGAAGAUAAUUCGGACGUCGAUGAAGACGUUGAUUCCGAUGACGACUCAGCGGCUGAUUCCGAUACUGAAUAAUUUAAAUAAAAACCUUAUUUUGUAUUACCAUUUUCAAAUAUAUCGAAUUUUUCUAAAAAAUAGUUGUUUUAUUUAUUCACAUCAUUAUAAUGAAACAAAUCAAUU